CUCUGAGCGCUCGGGCCUGGCGGGCGUUGCUGAGGGGCUGCGGGCUGAGCACACGGUCACAUCCAAGCCACUAGCAAGUCUGUUGGUUUUACCUCCAGAAUAUGUCUUGACUGACUGCUUUGUCGCCAUCUUGAGCCUCUCCUGCUUGGACCACUCACACACUCAGUCUUCUGGGAGGCUGUGAAGAUGCUUAAGGAGCGUCCAGGGAUGGCAGAAGACCCUCAGCAGCCGAUGGGUGUUCCUGUGGUAAAGCUGGAGAAAGAGUUGCCAUGGGGCAGGGGAAGGGAGGACCCUAGUCCGGAGACUUUUCGUCUGAGGUUUCGGCAGUUCCGCUACCAGGAGGCAGCUGGUCCCCAGGAAGCCCUCAGGGAACUCCAGGAACUCUGUCGCCAGUGGUUGAGGCCUGAGCUGCACACCAAGGAGCAGAUCUUGGAGCUGCUGGUGCUGGAGCAGUUCCUGACCAUCCUGCCUCGGGAGUUCUAUGCCUGGAUUCGGGAGCAUGGCCUGGAGAAUGGCAAGGCUCUUGUGGCCAUGGUGGAAGACUUCACAGAGAGAACAUUGGAGGCCAAGGCGGUUCCAUGCCAUGUGCAGGGAGAGCAGCAGGAGACAGCACUUGGCAGAGGCCCUUGGGAACCAGGUGUGCACCUGGGGCCGGUGGAGAUCAAGCCCGAGUGGGGGAUGCCCCAUGGGGAAGGAGUUCAAGGCCUAGACCAAGGCACUGAGGAGCAACUCAGUCAGGACCCUGGAGCUGGGACACAAGCCUUCCAGGAGCAGGCUCUGCCAGUUCUUCAGGCUGGUCCUGGCCUCCCUUCAGUGAACACCAGAGACCAAGAGAUGGCAGCUGGGUUCCUUACCGCUGGAUCCCAGGGGUUGGGGACAUUUAAAGAUAUGGCCUUGGCUUUCCCCGAGGAGGAAUGGAGGCAUGUGACCCCAGCCCAGAUAGACUGCUUUGGGGAAUAUGUGGAACCCCGAGACUGUGGGGUCUCAGCUCCAGGCAUUGGGAGCAAGGAAAAGGAGGCUAAAACCCAGCAGUCAGACCUCAAAGGGGCGCUUGCUCGGGUGACAUCAGAGAGGUUUGGGGAUGCCACUCUUCAGAGCCCUGAGCUUGGAAGAACCUGUGAGCAGGAGCCCAGUAGUUCUGUGGGAAACAUGCCGGGGCCGCCGCCUCCUCAGCAUGGCGUCAUACCCCUGCCGGAUGACCUUAAGACCCACAGCUCCUUCUGGAAGCCUUUUCAGUGCCCUGAGUGUGGAAAAGGGUUCAGUCGGAGCUCAAAUCUUGUCAGACACCAGCGAACUCAUGAAGAAGAGAAAUCCUAUGGGUGUGUCGAAUGUGGGAAGGGGUUCACUUUGAGAGAGUACCUCAUGAAGCACCAGAGAACACAUCUGGGAAAGAGACCUUACGUGUGCAGCGAGUGCUGGAAAACCUUCAGCCAGAGGCACCACCUCGAGGUCCACCAGAGGAGUCACACGGGGGAGAAGCCCUACAAGUGUGGUGACUGCUGGAAAAGCUUCACCCGGAGACAGCAUCUGCAGGUGCAUCGGAGAACUCACACGGGGGAAAAGCCCUACACCUGUGAGUGCGGCAAGAGCUUCAGCAGGAAUGCAAACCUGGCUGUGCACCGGCGAGCCCACACAGGCGAGAAGCCGUACGGGUGCCAGGUGUGUGGGAAGCGGUUCAGUAAAGGGGAACGGUUGGUCAGACACCAGAGGAUCCACACUGGGGAGAAGCCCUACCACUGUCCUGCCUGCGGGAGGAGCUUCAACCAGAGAUCCAUCCUUAAUCGGCACCAGAAGACUCAGCAUCGCCAGGAGACCCUGGCGCAGUAAGUGUGCCAUGCUGAAAUGCACCUUUUUUUGCCAAUAGAAGGUCCUGGAAAGUGCAGAAUCUUUCAGGACCGCAACUGGAGGAAGACCUCAUUGGAAGAUGCAUUUGUCCUUAUUCACUGAAGGGCUUUGAGGUGGGGACUGAAGAGUGAUGGGGUGCAGAAAGGUACUUUGACCCAUUUUCUUUCCAUUUGUUGUUAAACAACCAGGGAAAGGCCUGAUUUAUUUUGAGUUUCCAGAGAGCACAGCUCCUCAUGUCUCUUAUCCAAGUGAUGUGAACAGUUUCUCACCAUCUUUUGGAGAAAGGAUAUCCUGAAUUUCAGAGCCUCCGUUGGUGGGAUGUUCUUAUCUGCCUCUUGAGCAAAUCUGGUAGUAAAGGCAAAAUUUUGUCCCAUGUUGACAGCUUAAGCCUCUUUUUUAUGAGGGCUGUUUCUACCUGCAAGAUCAUUAGCUCAGACUCUUUCUUCUUUUCCAUUUAACAAAUAUUUAUUGAACAGCUAUGUGCCUGGUGCUGGGAACACAGUGGUGAACAAGACACAUGAGACCUGAGCCCCCCGGAGCUUGUGAUUUAGUGGUGGAAACAUACAGAAACAUUAAUAACUCCAGGCAUUCUAAGUUACGUUUGUGCUAAGUGCUGUGUGAGAAGAUAGUCUUCUGGUGCUUAGUCGUUCUGCCCUGCUGCUCAGGUGCUGGAUCUUUCCCUCCCCUGUUGGGAUCUCUCAGGCAGCUUUGUUUAUUUUACUUUAUUUGUAGCCCCCUUUGUCUCUGUACCAUUGUACUCUCAUCUGUAAAGUUUCCCCAUUAUUACUUGUACUGUAACAACAGUUCACACAUCCAUUAGGAAGUUAAUAUCUUGUUAUUGAUCACUGAAUAAACAUGAAAGUAUUUUUAAAAAACAUUCAGUUCUAUAUAGAUACAAUUAAAUGAAUCUGAACAAUGAACUGGUAUUAAUUAAUACCAUUUAAUGUCACUGUAGCAUGUAAGAUGAUUUUUUUUUCUAUUCUUAUUUUAUUCAUUCUACACAUUUAUUGAGGCCCAACAGGAACUUGGCUAGGUGUUUCCUGUAUAUCAGUGAAUAAAAUGGGGGGAAAAGAUCCUUGACCUUGAGCUUAUGUUUUAGUGAAUAUAUUUGCUCUUCAGAACCACCUAAGGUGGAAUCCACUGAUACUCCUGUAAACACUGUGGACCUGGGAUCUGCACCUUUGUACUUGGUCCUAUCAGUGUCUUGCCUUGAAAUGCGUUCGCCACCUACCUCUUGUUACUAAAUAGUCUUGGUACAUCUAGAUCCUUGUCAUUUGAGAGGCUCUUGGUCACCAACUGGGGAUGUUGAGGUGGUAGUGAUCUGUUUUGCAUGAGUGCCAAUUCAGGAAAAAUAAAAGAUGUUUGUAGGCACUUAAAAUUACAUAAUAACGAGAAGAUACAAUAUUUGUAACUGUUUAUGCUCUCUUAUUUUGCCAUUACUAAAGGGUUUCAUUUCUGUAUAAAAUUCCGGAAUAUUCUGCUUAAAAUUCUGUGUAAUGAGCAUGGACCACACUACAGUAUUGUAAUGCUGUGCCAUCGAAUGCUGGCUGUUGAGUGAGUGAGUCUGAUUACUAUAAUUACAAGGUGUGAUUUGUC